UUUCCUGAAACCUGCAUUAAUUAAUCCCUUCCCUCUCCACGGAAAUGAAGUUACUUUCAUCACGAAAACCCCAUUAUUCUCCAACCCCACGCAAAUCAUCCAAGUUUGCCCCAUUCAUAGCCCUCGCCCUACUCUUAACCAUCCCUUUAUAUACUUUUCCUCCUUCCCACAAAUUACUACUACCCCUCCUCUUGGAACGUAAUAAUAAUAGCAACCUCCCUUGCUCAUCUCUGCCAUGCAACGACGGAGGUGGUGGCGGUCUCACGCUGCGCCGCCGGGAAUUGAGACUGGGAAAGGGUAACUAUAGCAGGAAUAGAAAGGUGGGACGUCCAAAAGAAUAUUUGACAAGGGUGUCGACAGCGACACAUAAUGAAGAACCUGGAAUUAUAAGAACCAAAGUGUUGGAGGAUCAGAAAUGCGACUUAUUUACAGGGGAAUGGGUGCCCAAUCCUCAAGGCCCCUAUUACACAAACGCGACUUGUGAUGCGAUUCAGGAUCAUCAAAAUUGCAUGAAAUAUGGACGGCCGGAUACAGGGUUCUUGAAAUGGAGGUGGAAGCCUGACGGCUGUGAUUUGCCGAUAUUUGAUCCUCACCAGUUUUUGGAACUUGUACAGGGAAAAUCGCUAGCCUUUGUUGGUGAUUCGGUGGCUAGAAAUCAGAUGCAGUCUUUGAUUUGCCUCUUGUCAAGAGUAGCAUAUCCGGAGGACUUGUCCGCUCCAACGGACCAAAACAAGCGCUACCAAUACACAGAACACGACUUUAACAUUUCCAUGUUCUGGUCACCCUAUUUGGUCAAGACUGGAAAAUUAGACCCCAACGAAAAGCGCCCUUUCGAUUUAUACCUCGACGAGUUUGACCCACACUGGACAACUAAAAUCGCACUUUUCGACUACCUAAUCAUCUCCGCCGGCCACUGGUUCUUCCGCCCCACCUACUUCUAUGUGAACAACCGCCGCAUGGGCUGCCUCUACUGCCCCGAGUCCAACAUCAGCCACAUGACCUCAGUUUUCAGCUACCGGCGGGCUUUUCGGACGGCGUUCCGGGCCAUUAACGGCGCUGUCAAUUUCAAGGGCGUGACGUUUCUUAGAACGUUUGCGCCGUCGCAUUUUGAGGGAGGGCCGUGGGACAAGGGCGGGAAUUGCGUGAGGAAGAGGCCGUUCAAGAGGAAGGAGACCAGUUUGAGGGAUUUCAGUCUGGAGAUGUAUUUGAUACAGUUGGAGGAGCUGAAAAUUGCGCGGAGAGCAGGGAGGAGAAAUGGAGGGAAGUUCAGGCUGUUUGAUGCAACGAAGCCUAUGUUACUCAGGCCGGACGGGCAUCCGAGUAAAUACGGGAAUUGGCCGGUGGCAAAUCAGACAUUCGCCAAUGACUGUGUGCACUGGUGCUUGCCUGGUCCAAUUGAUUCUUGGAAUGAUUUCUUGCAGGAGUUGCUGAAAAGAGAAAAUAAGAGAUAAAUUUUUCCUUUUUUUACUGUAAUUCUGAAUAAAUUAGUGGGGGGGUGCUACACCACUGUAAAUUUUUCUACAUAGACAAAAAUGUUGAAAUAACUUUCACGAC